AUGUGCAUUUCGCCCAUUGUUUUAGCAGCGUUAGGUUCAUAUCUAUCUAUCUAUCUAUCUAUCUAUCUAUCUAUCUAUCUAUCUAAUUAUAUUCAUAUCUAUCUAUCUUAUUAUUCUCUUUAUUUCAGACUAGCAGCGUGGCCCGGCGUUGCCCGUCACAUUUUCUUUCGUUUUUUUCUUUCUUCUUUCCUUUCUUUCUUCUUUUUUUUUUCUCUAUUUUCUUUCAGUGUUUUCGCCUAUUCUUUCCUCAGAUCAUAUUUUCUUUUGUUCUAUCUUUCUUUCUUCCUUCUUUCCUUUCUUUUCUUGUCUUUCGUCAUAUUUUCUUUCCUUCUUCCUUCCUUCUUUCAUUUCUUUAUUUUUCUUUUUUUCUUUCUUUCUUUGCGCUAUUUUCUUUCAGUGUUUUCGCCUUGUCUUUCUUCAGAUCACAUUUUCUUUCCUUCUUUCUUCAUUCUUCCUUCCUUUCUUUUUCUUUCUUUCUUUCUCUCUUUGCGCUAUUUUCUUUAUAUGUUCUCGCCUUCACAUUUUCUUUCUUUUUUCCUUCUUCUUUUUCCUUUCUUCCUUCCUUCCUUCUUUCUUUCUUUUCUCUAUUUCAUUUUACUGUUUUCGAUUAUUCCUUCUUCAGGUUACAUUUUCUUUUCUUCUUUCUUCUUUAAUCUUCAUAAUUAUCACCACUCUUUCACAAUCUCUCUGACUCCCUGUCUGCACUUAUCCUUCCUCCUUAAUUCAUUCGUUGUUUCCUCUCGAAAAGUUUUCUCUUUCUUUCCAUUGCAUUUUCUUUUCAAAAACCAAAGGAAAAAAAAAAGAACACAAAGAAAGUAA